AUGUCGGCGGUCAACCUAAACCGCGUUAAUGCGCCGCAAGCCUUCGUCUCCAGCUAUGCUCCACGAAUGCGCGCGUACGGCAAUUCGUUGCUGACGCCUGUCCAACCCCAAUCCGCCGUCCCAUCCGUUCGAACGACCAAACGCGGCACGACAGCGAUCAACUACGCCGAGGAGUUCGACGAUGACAGUAUAGACGACUCGGAUGGUCCUCGCCGCCAGACGGGCCUGCGAACGGCGCAGCAGAGACGAGAUGUGGACGCGGAGGCGCAGAAGGCUACGCAGAAAGAGCUGGGCCAACAAGCGGACUCGCCUGUCGAUGUGCAAGGCAUCUGGCGAGAAUGGAUGGGCAAGCCCAAGAGAGUGCUUACGGAACGACAAGUGCACGUCCAAGCUGCAUUGCGUACCACGCUCGUUCCCAUACGCAUCGAUCUCGACGUGGCACCCUUCCGUCCUGAAGCUGCGCUUCCAACUCCCAACAACCACAGAGACUUUGGCAUAGACGAGAACUUGCCUGCGUAUAAAGCGCCGGAACCAACGCCACAGUUUCGCUUGAAAGACAGCUUUCUGUGGAAUCUGCACGAGGCCCUAAUCACCCCGGAUCAGUUCGCCAAGACAUUUGUGGACGAGUUGGAUUUUCCAGUCGCGAGAAGGCAGGCCAUGGUCCUCGAGAUUGCGAAUUUGAUACGGCAACAACUGGAAGAGCAUGCAGCAACUGCACUGCACCCGCUCUUCCAACCGAGCUACAUGCAUCCCGCCGCCCCUACUACUCGCGCCGCUUCCCCUUCCGUCCAAAACGCCAUAUCUCGGGAAGAGUCAUCCACCCCUAUGCAGAUCGACACUCCCAACACGAACCCCCUUCUUCGACCACACCUUAAUGGCUUCAACCACUCUUCUGAGCGAUCAACGCCUCUGCCAAAUGGCGCGUCCACCCCGGCGAUUACCGCCACAGCUCAGCCGCUACUGAAGGACUCCUCCCUCUCGUAUGUACACAACCCGCCCGACACUCACCGCUGCAUUGUCACUCUGUCCAUCAAUCUUCAAAACCAACUGUACACCGACAAAUUCGAAUGGAACCUAUUACAUCCCGUAGGCUUUUCGGAGAUUUUCGCCAAACAGACCUGCGCAGACCUCGGGCUGAGUGGGGAGUGGGUACCGAGUAUGGCGCACGCGAUAUACGAAGCCAGUCUGCGACUGAAGAAAGAAAUGAUUGAUAACGGCGGCACUUUGCUGGGUGUGGUAGGGAGCGGCGUGGACCCCCAGGGCAAUGUCGAGAAUGAAGCCUGCGAGUUCCACGGCACUGCUGAACCCGCCUUUGGAGUCGGCGCGGGAUGGAGGUUCGAUGAUGUGGGGCUUGGCAAUGAUUGGGAGCCGAAGAUCGAGGUCCUGAGCAAGGAAGAGAUCGAGCGGCGCGAAGGCGAUCGGGAGCGGCAGCUUCGUCGGGCUCGCAGGGAAAACGCGCGCUUCACCACAGCGUAUGCUGCUCCCUCGCAGAACAGUGGUGCGGGUGAUUACUUUGCCGGCGGUCUGGGCUCGACUCACGUCUUCAGCAUUACGGGCAAUGAUGACGAGCGCAUGGGCCGAGGAGAGCGAGCGAAGAAGAAGCGCAGAUUCCGAAGUCUCUCUCCUGUUGGACGCGAUACACCGGAAGUUGCUGGAUUUGGGGGCACAUCGGGCCAAUUGACCGAGGGCGAAAGGCAGUACUGGCAGUGUCGACAUUGCAAGGUCUGGGGCUCCGCCGUCUGGGGCGUGAGGGAUGGGCCUGCUGGUCAAAGAACACUAUGCCACAACUGCGGCCUGCUGUACGAACGCGACAAGAAGCUGCCUCCGUGGAGCUACAACCUCUUCCAUCAAGAGAAGCACCAACCAAGCCGCGAAGCAAUGCCUCAUCAAUCCCAAUACCAGCAGCAGCAACCCCCACCACCCAUGCGCCAAAUCUCCCAGCUGCAAUCCGACAUCACCGUCUUCCCGCAAAGCACCCCGCCUCCGCGUAAUAUGCAUCAUCAAGAAGUCAACCCCUCCGCGCACCUCUACACCGGCGCAUCGGCAGGCGGACAAGGGCAGAUCAGCGCGAGCACGAUGGCGGACAUCAUCAACUACGCCGAGCCCGGCGAGGAUCUGGACUGGACGAAGAUCACGGAGCCGCGGGAGAGGAAGCGGCUGCAGAACAUCAUCAACGGCCGGAAGUAUCGCGAGAGACGGCUGGCCGCGGAAGGGCAGGGCGGGAGCGGAGGCAACUAUCCUGGUGCUGCGGGCGUGGGGAGUUUCUUGAGCAUGGGAUACGGGUCGAGGAAGUCGGCGGUGUCCGGUUAG